UGACUCACAGCUAUGUCUGACGAUCCGGAGGAAAGUGGAUACUAUCUGCGUCUUGUGUCUAUGUAUAUGGACAUAGGUACAGAGACUGUUCUAGAUGUGUUUGUACAUCAUUCACCAGGAAAAGAUGCUGAAACAUUUCUCAAGGCAAACCAACAUGCUAUUAUAAAAAUGAAGACCGAUCAUAUCCUCAAUGAACAAGAGUGUGCAUCACUUCUGCAGAAAGGUACACACGUUUUGAAGAAUCCACUUGAUCUUAAUCGUUUCGAUGUGUCCUUAUUGAUAACUCUGGCAAGAAACCUUUUCACUAGUCACCAGCUUCCACCUCCCGCGAAAGGAUGGAAGUAUCCACCAAAAACCAGAGACGUGUCUGUAGCUGCUGACCUAAUACGUCUGAAGACAAUCAGAAAUGUUAUUGUUGGUCAUCAUCCGAGAGCACGAUUGCCAAAGUGGCGAUUUGACGAUGAGUGGCAGAAAGUGUCAGAAAUAAUCCUAAGAUUACAGCAACAAAUAGCCCCUGGAAACGAAGUACACAUUGAAAAGAGAAUUGAAGAGUACCGUGUGCAGAGACUAGACCCUAGUGUUGAGAACAAGUAUGAUGAGAAACUAAAGGAAUGGCACGAGGAAGUAACUAAAAUGCAGGAUCAGGUGGAAGAAUUAAUAAAGAAACUUGAAGGUUUUGACGCCUAUUUCAAAAAUAAGAAUGAUCGAUUUGAAAGGUAUACAAAGUUAUUGACCAAAGGAGGGCACUUUGUAUUAUCAGCCCUUCUCGAUAAGAAAAUAGAAAAACAAGGGAUAGAUCUGAGGAGCAUACUUGAUGACAAGAAAGACACUCUUAAGAGGAAUGUAACUGACUCAGAACAAUUAGAUCUUCUUUAUCCAUCAACUAACCAAACAAAACCAUUGGAUACGUCCUCGUGGGAUGUUUCUCUCCUGGCAACAGUCAUUUUACAGCUUUUUGACAGUACGAAAGAAAGAGACAUAGACCAAGACGUAAAAAAUAUAGGUGAUGCUCAAAGAAAUUAUGCAGAUGCUGCGCUGGUGGCGUUAGACAGUAAUACGUUUGAAGAUUAUUGGACAGACCUUAAAGCUAGUAUUAAAAUUGUUUCUCGCGAACUUGAUGGAGACAAGGCUGCUCAAUGUCAUCAGAUAUUGGAAGAAUGCAAGAAGAAAAUAUCGAAGAAACAAUUUCGGACUUACAUGGAUGACCUAAAAGCAAAAGGCUCUCAAAUGAAAUCAUUUACUGAUGUUUUUAAAGAUACACUCAAGAAAACACAAGAGUUUCUGCAGGACAUGAUAACACAUGGAAUCAAUUUCAAAAAUGGUCACGAAUUGGAACUUAAGAUGAUAACUGUCGGUAAAAAUGAAGAGAAAAAGGAAUUGGCAGAGAAAAUAUUGACGGAAGUUUGGCAUGAAGCGUUAGAUAGAUCAAUACAAACUACAGAUUUCUCUGAAGUGAAGAAAGAAGUAUUGAAGAUAUUGGAAGAAAUAAAGAAGUCCAAGAGUGUUAAAAAUAUCACAAUCAGUAACAAAUGUAUAUUGCUGCAGAUUAAAUGCACAUCACCAAAUGAUUUGUUAAACACGAUUAACUACUUCGAGAGUGAAAGCUGUCACGAAUCAUUUGAAAACAUAUCAAAAGAGCUUGGAUAUUACCUUGACACAGCCUUAGCAGUGUAUUAUGUUGUACCCAUCGACUGUCUAUGGGCUAUUUCAAAUCUACAAGACGAAUCAACACAACCAGAAGAGACAGGCGUAAGGCUUCCGAUAACAGUGUCCUCACCAGCUGGAAUGAAACAUCUGAUAUCAUUGUGCGGCAGAGAGCAGAUUACAAAUAGUACAAAGUGUUGUCGAAACAUUUAAAUGACAAAAUAGAGCUGAAAACGUCAACAGAUACGAAGGAACUAGGAUACUUUUUUGAUGCAGCAUCCCAGACGAUAUAUCAACGAAUAGAUAAGUCAAGUACCGACAGUGGUAGCGAUUGCUCCUCUAUGGAAAGCAGCGUUCAAAAUAGCAACCAACUGAACCAGCCUGAUGCUCCUGAGGAAUGUUCUGAAGGAAAGAGUCUUGGUAAUAUGCCUGAAGAAUCGACAGUACAGGAUUUAGAUGACAAGACGGUAAAAUAUUCUAGACAACAAAGGGUUUCACCGGGUCAUCUAAAAGAAUGUCACAAAGACAAAAGCAUCCAAGAAGAAACAGAGCAUGUAUUUAUAUUACCGGACAUUUAUACUUCCGAAUCUAGUGAUUCAAAUGAAUCUGACUGGGCAUUUCCACGGACAGAACGAGGUAAUAAAAUACAUGUAAAAUGUGUUGUACCAGUUGACCAUGUAAUAAAGGCCAUUCUAGCACGAUCCGAUUCUUAUUCCUAUUAAACAAAGAAGGCUAAAAUGAAUUAUUUUACAAAAAUUCAAUGUUCUGACGUCACAAUUAUUACGUCAUAGCGUCAAACGGCAUAGCGGCGCGUUGGAAAAGAAACCAAUUGAAAACGGGCAAUGUUUAAUGAAUGCCGUCAAUGAUGUACUUCAAGGCCCUUGGUAUCGUGUUAGAAUCGAAAUGAUAUAUCUCACUUAGUGAUUUGGCCCUGAAUAAAGCAUUGUUUUUCGUUCAGAUGCGUAUUAUUAUAUCGCUCGGGCUGCGCCCUUGUGAUAUAAUUCCUUCUCAUCUGAACUCCAAACAGUGAUUUAAUCAGCGUCAAAUCACUAAACGAGAUAUAUUAUUUCUUUGAUGUAAUUACAUAGAGGAUAUUUGUUUGUUAUGUGGGAAUAUGGAAUAUAUCUCACUGAGAAUUGAGAAAAAUUCAAAUAUUGUGAACUUUUACUCACUUUGAGGUGAGAUAUAUUCACUAUUCACGAAAACCAACACAUUUUAUUUUUAUUUAAUGCUCAAUUACGUUGAGAUAUGCAUUUUGCAACAAUUUUUAACCUCAGCGCGAGAAACAGACGCGCAUAACAGACAUGACGUCAGACGUGUUGUGACGUUAGAAAGACGCACACAACAUAAAGUUCCAUUUUAUUUUAUUUUUUGCUGCAUAACGAUAUGAAAUUCUCAUUAAGUAAAAUAAUUUGAAUCGAGAAAUGUAUUAUAAAGGAGAAAGUGCGACUACAAUUUUCAUCCUGUUUUAAGCAAAUAAUUUAAAAUUCAUACACAAUAUGAGGGGGCGGAGCUAUAUCUCUCACAGUGUGAAAUAUAGAUUUCAUAUUUUCACAGUGUGAAUGAUGAGACAUAAAACUAUUUAACUGUAUUUCAUUAGUUAGCAUAAAAUAAAUGGAUGAUAUUCAAGUUUUUUUUAUGAAUAUGGCUUCUAUAUUUUUUUAAUCAUUGCCAGUUUUCAUAGCAAAUUAUACAUUGUAGCCUCCCUUGAUUAUGUAGCAAUUCGUGCAUAUCUGGAUUGUUUCCCAUAGGCAAGACAUUAGGGUUAUCUGCUACCUGGUGAAAAUAUUCGGUUAGACACGGGUUAUUGUUUAUUGGAAAAGUGCAUCAGUUAGUGAGAAGGGGAAGCAUAAUUGAUAUGUUAUAACUUUAAAAGUUAGAUUUUUUUGACAUUUUCAUGAAAAAAAUACUUGUUGUGAUCAAACAUAAUAAAAUGAUAAAAAAAUCUUAUUUAGGAAUAUGUUACAAAUUUCAUUUUGUUUUAAGGAAAAAAAAUUCAAGUUUUGUCUGGAGAA